UCCUCCCUAGAUCAUUGUUGGGUACUGAAGAGAAUGUGUGAGAUAAUGAGAUCUCCUACACUCACCCAAUAACAUCGAUAUUGUAUUUUGUGAAUGAGAAUGAGGCUUUUGUCAACAAAACAAGGGACGAUUUGAUCUACAGGAAGGGGGAAGUUGUUGGCCGUUAUUUACGAACGUGUUUCUGCACUGCUGGUCGAUUCACAGUAACGUUUUGAGGAGAAUCCUGAGAGGAAAUCAAACGUGAAACGCUCGGCGAACUUUGUACCGUUUGUGAACUUUAGCGUGUCGACUCCAGCGAUGGAAUACAAAGUGGAAGCCCACCGGAUUAUGAGUAUUUCCUUAGGGAAAAUCUACAACUCACGCAUCCAACGAGGCGGCAUUAAAUUGCACAAAAACCUCCUGGUAUCGCUGGUCCUUCGCAGCGCGCGCCAGGUCUAUCUGAGUGACUACUACAGCGGCGCGUGCCUGAACGCUCAAAGCGAACGCGAAGGGAACGAAUGGGACAUUAUGGACUCAGAGCGGGAGAAAUUCCCUCCCUCUGCAACGGAAUGUGACCGAGCGGAGAGCCCAGAAGAACCUCAACAGAAUAAACAGCCCGAGGCGAGCGAUAAAGAGCGGGAAUAUCGCGAAAACGACGACGAGGUGAAAUCAGACCAGGCGGAUUGUACUUCCACUUUACAACAAGAGCAAAACCCAAACCCUUCUUUAGACUCUGUUGGUAACGUUUCACCACCGGAAACCAUCAACGAACCCAAGGAGAGUCCCUCAGACAGUUCAGUAGCUGAACGUCAGUCAACGCCUGUGGCGAACGGGGAAUCACAUCAAGCACCCAAAACGCACGUUUGUUCAAACAGGAAAAGAAGCGCGGAGGAGUCGGAAAGUGGCGAUUCGCCUCAAAAAAGGACCAAAGUUGCUUCCUCAAACUCUAAAGAGGACGAGGAAGGUGAGGAGAUGGACACAAGUAACGUGUCCAACCUCAUAACGAUAUUUGGUUCCAGUUUCUCAGGACUUCUUAGCAAGGACAGCGCUAAACCCGAGGCUGAGGCAGAAGAUAGUGGUCAAAUCUGCUGCGACCAAAUGUUGAAGAACCUAAACCCUUGGAGUACGGCGAUUGUAGCUUUCUAACUGUAUUGUACUGUACUGCUUAUCCGGGUUGCCCUGCGUGCAUUGGUAACACGUGGUCAGGCCUGAGCUCAACAUCGUAGUGUGGGACUUCCCAGACACCAUGAGUGGUGCUACCAAAGUAACGUACACGCUCAGUUUGGGCUGUAAGAUGUCCGGGCAUGCCUUUCUGGUGAAGGAACUACCUGAAUGCUGGUGCUACUUCUUGGGAUUACAGUGUUGAACUCUCUAUUCAGACAAUUCAAAAGCCAUGUGAGCGAGUGGUAUUACAACAUAUGCAAACGUGUCAUGAAGGUCAAUAUUACAUUGUCACCGAUUCAGGGUCGAUCACACCUAACUUGACUGUACGAGGAUUAGGCCACUGUUUUAAUGUCUUUGUUUUAUAAAGACCUGUACAUUUUGUAAUAUUUGAGUCUGUGUAUAUAUUGCUUCCCAUGUCGCAUUCUGAAUCUAUGUAUUUUGGUAUGACAAUUUACGUGGUGCUCACGUAUUAAAAAAUGUGAAAUGA